CAUCGACUCAUUCAUCAGUCGACACGUGAAGUAAAAAGAACAGAGUUCGCCCAAAUCGCCAGUCUGUCCACGUCAGUAGCAUCUCCUUUCCUCCCCUCUCCUUGUUCUAAAGGUUUUCUGUACCUUAGCGAGGCAGAAUCAUGACAUUGAAAUUAUUGACCACUUUCUCUUUACUGGCACUCGCCUUUUUUAGCUUCACUUUUGCUUCAAAAAAAGUUCCACUCUGUUCCGGUCUCCCUAAUCAAAUCAAUUAUAAUGAUUUACAUUUCGAGUCAGGCGAAGGUCGCUGUACGUGGUAUGAGCAAUGCGCCUUCAACUCACUCACACAAAAACCUUUCAACUGUUAUUACAACGGACCACCAAAGGAUCCUACGUCUGACAAGAAGUUCAUGGAUUUACUACAAAAGACAUGCCCGUAUUUAGUAGAGGAUAAUCCUAACCCACGUGUCUGCUGUUCAAUGGAUCAGCUCGCUGAUCUUGCGACUCAGACUCAAGUUGCUCGUUCUCUCUUUGCGAGGUGUCCGGCUUGCAUUGACAACUUUAUGAAGCACUUUUGCUCCACGACCUGUGACCCUGACAUGUCCAAAUUCAUGAAACCGAUUGAUAAACUUGGUCAAUCUGGUGUAUACAACUGUACAUUGACUGGUACCAAUACAACUGUCACUUACAUAGACACUGUUACUGUCUAUUAUGAAGAUGACUAUGGACAGAGGAUCUUUAACUCGUGUAAAAAUGUCGUCUAUCCGGAACAAUCCGGUAAAGUCAUGGACGUUCUGUGUGGCCGUAAGGAUUGCACUGCCCAGUUGUGGUUUGAUUUCCUUGGUGAUCCUACUCUUGAUUUUAAUGAAGCUCCUUUUACAAUGUUGUACAGUACCGCAGACCCUGGUGGCAAUAUGACAUCCCUUAACCGUUCAUUGCAUACCUGUUACGAAAAAUCAAAGUAUCAAUGCAGCUGCAGUGAUUGUCCUGACAUUUGCCCAUUACCAUUUGUUCCUGAGCCAUCUCAGUACAAGUUAUACGCUUAUACUACCAUUACAGGAAGUGUUGGAUUCUUAUUAACAAUGAUGGUGUCUAGUGCUUGUUUCAUAUGGGGCGUGUAUAUAUUCAUUCAUAAGCGUAAAGGCUCUGAUUAUGAAGAGUUGGAUUCUAGUAGUAGCAGUUUGAGUAUUAAUGCUGAUGAACCCAAUAUUGAUGCUCCAUCUAGGGAUGAUUAUGAGAAGACAUCACUGUUUUGUUUCACUUGUAUCCUUGGCUCUAAGCUGGAAUACGGUAUCAAGAAAUUUUUCUAUCUCUGGGGUAAAAUUGCUUCCAAGUACUGGUUCAUUGUCAUACCUGUUUGCUUGCUUCUCACUGGCGCUCUUUCUGCCGGAAUUGUAUUUUUCAAUGUUACGACAGACCCCGUGAAGCUUUGGUCUGCCCCUAACAGCCAAGCCAGGACCGAGAAGAACUAUUUUGAUAAGAAUUUCUCUCCUUUUUAUCGUACGGAGCAAGUCAUCAUAAAAGUAAAGCCGGGCAAAGCUUAUGAUUAUUCACUCACGGUGCAUGGAAAUGCUGAUGGGUUACUGCUACACUGUGGCCCUAUCUUGGAUAAAGAUGUCUUCACUGAAGCUUUCAAUCUUCAAGAGGCACUGAUGAACAUCACCAGUAAUUAUACUUAUGCUAAUGGAACUUCUGUCAACGUGACACUAAAGGAUAUAUGCUUUAAGCCUCUGUAUCCUGAUUAUGACGACUGCACGAUUGAGAGCGUCUUCAAUUAUUUUCAAAACAAUAGGACAAGGAUAGAGUACAGUGAUGGCUUUGGUUCAGAUGUAUACUGGAAUGCAUCGUUUCAUGUUGACUAUUGCAGCAAGAAUCCAACAGCUCUUUUAGACAGUAACUAUGAUGAAGGGCAGAGGAUUCCUUGUCUUGGAGCUUAUGGAGGGCCCAUUGAUCCCAACACUGCCUUUGGAGACUUUGAAGGUACUAAUUAUACAACUGCUAAAGUCCUAUUGAUAACCUUUGUUGUCAACAAUCAUGUUGACGAUGAGAAGAAUGGUAUGGCCGAAGCUUGGGAAAAGGCUUACCUUGAUUACCUCAAGAGCUACAAGAGCAACUUGAUUGAAGUCUCGUUUAUUGCCGAGCGUGCCAUUACUGAUGAGAUAAACAGAGAGAGUGAGACAGAUGUGGCUACCAUCGCCAUCAGUUAUGUUGUCAUGUUCUUGUACAUUGCUAUCUUCCUUGGACACAUUAGGACACUCAAAACUUUCUUUAUUGAUCUCAAGUUAAUGUUAGGACUAUUUGGUGUCUUUAUUGUUCUUCUUGCUGUCUUAUCCUCCAUUGGAUUUUUGAGCUAUGCAAGAGUCGAGGGAUCACUCAUCAUUCUUGAGGUCGUACCAUUCCUCGUUUUAGCCGUGGGCGUUGACAACCUCUUCAUUAUGGUCCAUUCAUACGAGCGUAAAAGGAGUAAGUCUCCUGGUCUACCAGUUGAGGAGUUAGUUGGUAGAGCGUUGUCUGAUGUGUCUCCUUCUCUCUUGCUCACUGCCACCUCUGAGUCAGCAGCAUUCUUACUGGGAGCUGUGUCAUCAAUGCCUGCUGUGAGGUCAUUCUCUCUAUAUGCUGGAGUAGCAGUUUUCAUUAAUUUCUUAUUACAAAUAACGGCGUUUGUAUCAGUAAUGGCACUAGAUGGAAUGAGACAGGCCAGAUAUCGUUUUGACAUCCUCUGCUGCUUCAAGAUUGAUAAGUCCUCCCUGCCUGAUGUGAGAGAGAAGCCGUCGCUAUUGUUCCUGUUCAUGAAGAAGAUAUGGACUCGCUAUGUUGUCCUACAUCCUCUGGCACGGCCAAUUUGGAUGUUAGUUUUUGGAUUGUCAUUCUUUGCUUCAUUGGCUAGUAUCCCGUGGGUGUCUGUUGGUUUGGAUCAGAGACAAGCACUACCUAAAGACUCGUAUUUACAGGAUUAUUUCUCUGACAUGAAUGCCUAUCUUCACAUCGGCCCUCCCGUUUACUUUGUCAUUAAGGACGGGUUUAAUUAUACCGACGUCCACCAGCAGAACAAAAUAUGCACAGGAGCAGACUGCGAGGAGAUGUCUUAUGGUACAAUCAUCACAAUAGCCUCGAGAAUAUCUAAUCAUACAAGGAUAGCAGAGCCUCCUUCAAUAUGGCUUGACGCUUAUUUUGAGUGGCUUGAUCCUACCAGUACAUGCUGUGGCCAUGUGCCAGGUAGACCUGACCAACCUUGCAGCCAUCCAAAUGAUACUGCUAAUUCGACUUGUGUCCAUUGUUUGCCACCUGAUUCUGGAAGCAAUAGGCCCAAUUCUUCAGCUUUCCUGAACAAUCUCUUACACUUCUUGACAGCUAAUCCUGACACAAAUUGUGCUGCUGCUGGACACGCUGCUUACAACUCGGCAGUUGUAGUGGAUUACGAUACAAUGAAAAUUGGAGCUUCAUAUGCAAUGACUUAUCACACUAUACUACGUAAUUCCUCUGAUUUUAUUGCUGCUUUGAAACAAGCACGCGAGCUCUCGGUUAACCUGACGCGAGAGUUGGACCAUGAAGUGUUUGCUUACAGCGUCUUUUAUGUGUACUACGAACAAUAUUUACACAUAUACUGGGACAUGGGUAUUAACAUCGGACUAUCACUACUUGCUGUGUUCCUAGUUACAGUCUUUAUGCUUGGUUUUGAUGUAUGGGGCGCGCUCAUAAUCAUUUCGGUCGUUUUUAUGAUAAUUGUUCAUAUGGGCGGAGUCAUGGUUUAUGCUGAUAUCAAUGCCAAUGCAGUCUCACUGGUCAACCUUGUGAUGACGGUCGGUAUAGCGGUCGAGUUCUGUUCGCAUAUUGUCCGUUGGUUCAUGAUGGAGAAAGGGACCAGAUUAGAAAGAGCACACUCCUCACUGGCUAAUAUGGGCAGCUCUGUUGUUAGUGGUAUCACUUGUACCAAGUUCCUAGGAGUCUUUAUCCUAUUCUUUGCCAAGUCUCAGUUAUUUGAAGUCUACUAUUUCAGGAUGUACAUAUCAAUGGUCUGUAUUGGUGCAGCUCACGGUCUCAUAUUCUUACCUAUACUGCUUAGUUUUGUUGGUCCUCCUGUCCCAUGUGUAAAGGUACCACGUGCCUAUCCUAAAGACCCAAGAGAGGGUUCCCCUCCCCCAACACAAGUCCCUUACUCUCCACAAGAUAAUGUACAGUACAGUCCUAAUGAGACGAGACCCAGCAGUAAUGGGGUCUAUCCACAGCUACCUGGUAAUGUCAAUGAGAUUGAUGCUUAUGGUGGAUAUGGUGCUCCUACUUAUCCUCGAAAGUCGCCAGGAGCUGGAGAAAAGACACCUUUGUUGCCUUAAUGAUUGCGUGUAACAAGACUAGAUUUUAUUACUAUUGAUUAUUAAUGAUGCUAUUAAUAAUUAUUAUUAUAUAUGUACUGACUGUGAGUGCUGAAUUUUAAUGUUAAUGAUAACAAUUAUUAUUAUUAUUCAAUUUCUGCUUUCUUCUCUUCCUCUUUCUCUCUUUUUAUUUACUGUUAAUUUUGCGAUUUAAUUCACAAUAUCAAGAGUGGAUAAUUAUCCACUCUUGACAAUAUA